CGAGAAGGAUAGUAUUAGUCAACGGAAAGCAAAGCCAGCUCAAUUCUCUCUCACAGAUCCUUCUUUUGUUCACUUCCUCUGAUUUUCCCCACUCUGACAAAAUUUUUUUUUUUCCUUAUUUUUUCUCUAAAACCCAUUUCGCCGUACUUUUCCGGCCAAUACAGACAGAAACAGAGAACCAAAACAAAACAGAGCCUUCUCUCUCUCUUUUCUUCUCUUAACAGCAACUCUGAUGCGCUUCGUAGCGAUUUUCUCCGAGGAGCGGGGACAAAGGAAAGAGGAGAUUUGUUUUUGUUUUGGUUUGGUUUUUUCUUUUUUUUUUUUGGAGGAGCCAAAGGAUUCGCGGGAAAGUGACGGAAAACAGAGAUGUGGAGGACAGGCCGAUAAAUGUGAAGGAAAUGCGAUUCUUAAGGUGACAGAGAAAGGUGCAAACUGCAAAACCAAUCUUUUAUGGUCCUGAAGAAUCCAUGCUUGAAUAGCUCUGAAGAUUCUCCGGUCAUUUGCCAUAUAUAAACUAUGAAACUUGAAAGAGAACCGGUGUUCGGCCACAUAACCCUAGGCCACAAGUCUGAUCCCAAAUCAUUUGGCUACAAUGACCUCUCUCACGACUCCAUUGGGUUAAAGUCAGGAAAUGUUACAAAGGAAACUCAAAAUAGGUGCGCGAGUGCUUUUAAGGACAAUGAGAAGGAUACAACUCAAUUACUCUAUGUGAUGGGUGAUGGAGAUGGCGUGGCUGGAUCCGAAGUUAAUUUCAAAAAUUGCAAGGAAUAUGAAGUCAAAAACUUUGGGGUUCCAUUUGCUAAAUCUUCACUGGAAAUAGAAUCAUUAGAAAAGGGAUCGGACGAUUACACUGACAAAAGUGUUACAGAAUGUGAAAUGCCAGAAUUCCAAGUUUGUUACAGAGAGAGUAGCUACAAUUCAGUCAAGGAUAUCUGCAUCGAUGAGGGAGUACCUGCCCUGGACAAUAUCUUGUUUGAGAGUGGUGCAGAUAUGAAAAGUCUUUGCACCUUUGUUUUUCCUGAUCAGGAUCAAAAUUCACAACUCAACAAAGGACGUGUAGAUAUUGGUGCUGCCAGUCCAAAUGGUUUGAAUUCUUUGACGAAAACUGAAUCAGAAAAGGAGUUCAUUAAUGUUCUUGAGCCCAAGGAUUUUAUGCAGCAAGGUGAAGGAAAUUGCGAUGCAACAGACAAGAUUGAAAAUGAUAUUUCCAAAGAUAAGGUAUUUCCUGAGAAUGCAAUUCUGAUGAAAGAGUUGGGAGCGGAUAAUUCUCACCCCUGGUCUCCUAGUUGGGAUGGUGAUGCGGCUGCGCAAGUUCAGAUAUCAAGGGACAAAGCAAGUGAAACAACAAACACAAUCAGUCCGGGUUUCGAUUUGGCAGCUGAGAAGUUGAGUAAUAGCAGUGAGGAAGCAUUGGCAAUACCCGUUCCCGUUUCUGAAGCUAAAGAAUCAAAAAGUGGCAGCAGUCUUCCUAAUGACUUGGCUUACAAUAGUAAGGUGGAGAAAAGAAGGAUUACUUUUGAUUUCAGAUCUUUAGCAACUGUACCUGUUGCCAAAGAAGAGUGUCCUCAAAAUGGCAUAUCUGAACGCCUUGAAACUGAAAAUAUUUCCACAGUUGACGACGUGACGACUAAUAUGCAGUUUGUUUCGAGCCAAGUUCAACACGAUUCGUCACCUCUAACGGGAACCAGAGAGGAUUGUUUCCAAAAUGCCGUCCAUGAAUGUGGUCAAACUCAAAAUAUGUCCGUGGUUGAAGAUGGAAGUGCCAACGCACAAAUUGUUCCAAGUAACGCUCAACAUGAAGUAGCGAGAGAGGAGGUUCCUCAAAAUGGUGUCUGUACUUGCGUUGAAACUCCCAAUACUUCAUCGGUCAACGAUGAUACUUCCGGGUUGCAGAAAGUUUCGAGUUCUCUUCAACAUGUCACGGCCAGAGAGGAGGGUCUGCCAAGUACUGACACAUUAUGUUGUGAAACUCCAGAUACACCCAUGGUUGUAGAUGGGAUAUCCGGUUCACAGGUUGUUUCGGGCCAUUUCCAAUACGGUGUGGGAGAGUCCAGUUUCUCUGCGGCGGGGCCUUUGUCAGGUCGCAUAAAUUAUUCCGGGCCUAUACCUUAUUCGGGCAGCAUCUCUCUUCGAUCAGACAGCAGCACAACCAGCACUCGUUCCUUUGCCUUCCCCGUAUUACAGUCUGAAUGGAACAGCAGUCCAGUUAGAAUGGCAAAAGCCGACCGAAGACAUUUCCGGAAACAUAGGGGUUGGAGGCAAGGCAUUCUAUGCUGUAGAUUCUAAUUCCUUUGGUCCCCCAUCUAUAUAUAUUUUUUUAAAGUCAAAAUUUUCUUAAUGUUAUUUGAUCAUAUUAUUGCUAUACACAUCACCUCUCCCUGUGUAUUGGUGUGUAA